AUGAACGAAUUACUGCAGAAACAUGGCUGUUCAAACGUAUUUACUAUCCCAGAAGGGCUCAAAGAACUCAUGGCUGAUAUAUCCCGUGAGGUACUCCGCGCACAACCAGACAAAAUAUUUGACUUCAUAGCGAACUAUCUCUGCGUGAUGAUCAUCACUCGUGAGCACGGCAUCAUGGCAGUGAAGAUCCUGGAUGACCUGUGUGACUGCCGACCCUCGGUCACGGAGCAUCUGGAGGCUGCGGGCUUCCCGCCGGUGCAGGCUUCUGUUAUAGCUGAGUUUAUUCAAGAGGAGAUUGAAAAGAUUGAACCCGAUGCGGGGCAAGAGCUUGUGAAGGAGUCCCAGAUCCUGAAAAGAAUCUUGCAAAGGAACCCAAUAGACGAGACUAUGACUGCCAAAGUAUGCCAAAUUGCGAGAAACGCUUACCGCGACUAUUGGUAUAGGAAGCAAUUACUAGCAAAGAGUUUAUCGAAAAGGCCGGAAGAGCCCUGGGAGGUAGCCGCGGCACAUACCCUCGAGAUCUACAAGAGAACCAAUCCGACCUUCAACGAGCUCAACAGAGCCACAGAGAAGAUUCAGGCAGCGUACAGAGGCUACCAUGUCCGCAGAAACUUGCUAACUGUCAAGGAAAAGCCCGGGCCAAAGAAAAGGCUUCCCGGCCCGCCCAUUGACGUCGCGGGCUCCAGGGAGGCAGACCUUGGUCGCGUUAUCAGUCUAAAAGUAGGUCAAGAUGAAGUAAGCAAGAUGUUCGAGGUGGAUGUCAGGAACCAGCUGGGCCUACCGUUUGAUACCACACGCAUGCUCACACACAUCCCCAGCCAAGACCUUAGCAUGAAUGAGUGCGCCUGCGAUCCCAUCCAGUUUCCUGGUGGUCGUCGUACUGUCCCACGAACGCCGUUUUCAAGUGGCAUCGUGGAUUCCAUACACUCAGAUAAAGAUGAAAGCGUCCCGUCGCUUACGAACAUGCCCAGGAUCUCCUUCGCACGGGAGCCGCCAGAGGUCCUCGGUGAGAGGAACAAGGUCCCCGACGAGCUGCCUGCUCUGGCUUCAGCGCGGGACUCCGACGGAGAUGCCGAGGAAGUCCCAGAGGAUAUAACUGACAACGCAACACACACGGACGGUGAAGAGAGUGUGGUGUCUGACGCCACCACCGUCCCUGACGCCACGGGCACCGACGCCACCGACCAAGACGCGCAAGAUGGUGAAGAAGAAUAAACAUACCUUUUAUUUUAUUUUUUUCUUUCUACUGAAUUUGUGGAAAGCUCACUUUAAGUUCUCGCGUUUUGUACACAUUUAUUAAAGACACACACGGGUCGAACGCGAUAAAAUAACAUUUUCACCCACAAACGGCAACAUUUUACAUUUUUACUUACGGAAAACUACAAGAGCUUAAUAAUGGCAACGUCAACAA